AAUAAAAGUCAACAAGAAUUAAAUAUUUAAAUAAAAAAAUAUUUAAAAAUGGCAGCUAAUCAAGAGGAUUCUAAAGAAAGCCAGCUAUUAGCAACACCUGCGAAAGAGAUCUCUAUACAACAACCGAACGAUUUCCAUACAAAAAAACAAGGACAAGAUGAAGACAAUGAAAUGAGCUAUGGCCGUGUAUUUGCCGUAUCUGGGCCCGUAGUAACAGCCGAAUGUAUGAACGGUUCGGCCAUGUAUGAAUUAGUAAGAGUUGGUUAUUUUAAAUUGGUAGGCGAGAUAAUACGUUUGGAGGGCGAUAUGGCCACGAUACAAGUGUAUGAGGAGACAUCUGGUCUAACGGUAGGCGAUCCUGUAGUACGUACUGGCAAACCUCUUUCUGUGGAAUUGGGUCCUGGUAUUAUGGGUAAUAUAUUUGAUGGCAUACAACGACCUUUGCGUCAUAUAUACGAGCAAACGAAAUCGAUUUAUAUACCCAAAGGCAUAAAUAUCAAAAGUUUAUCUAGAGAUAAAUCGUGGGAGUUUGUGUCCUGCAAUCUGCGUGAGGGUUCGGUAAUCACGGGAGGCGAUAUAUAUGGUUUUGUUAAGGAAAACUCAUUGGUAACACAUCGUUUAAUGUUGCAGCCACGUGCCAAAGGCAGAGUUUCGUAUGUAGCCCCAUCGGGUAACUAUACAAUCGAUGAUGUUAUUUUGGAAACUGAAUAUGAGGGAGUAAAAACAAGUCACAAAAUGUUACAAGUCUGGCCAGUAAGACAUCCCCGGCCAGUGGCCGAAAAAUGGCCUUCAAAUUAUCCUCUUUUAACGGGUCAACGAAUAAUUGAUGCUUUAUUUCCCUCUGUGCUGGGGGGAACGACUUGCAUUCCGGGAGCUUUUGGCUGUGGUAAGACGGUCAUUUCACAAGCUCUCUCGAAAUAUUCAAAUUCCGAUGUUAUUAUCUAUGUGGGAUGUGGUGAGCGAGGCAAUGAAAUGUCCGAAGUUCUAAGGGAUUUUCCUGAACUCUCUAUAGAAAUCGAGGGUGUGACAGAGUCCAUAAUGCAGAGAACAGCUUUGGUGGCCAAUACAUCGAAUAUGCCAGUAGCAGCAAGAGAAGCUUCCAUAUAUACGGGCAUAACACUGUCGGAAUACUUUCGUGACAUGGGCUUUAAUGUUUCCAUGAUGGCGGACUCCACCUCGAGAUGGGCCGAAGCUUUGCGUGAAAUUUCUGGUCGUCUGGCAGAAAUGCCGGCCGAUUCCGGUUACCCGGCAUAUUUGGGAGCACGUUUGGCUUCCUUUUAUGAAAGAGCUGGUCGCGUAAAAUGCUUAGGCAGCCCAGACCGUGAAGGUUCCGUUUCGAUUGUUGGCGCCGUUUCUCCACCUGGUGGAGAUUUUUCAGAUCCUGUCACUUCCGCCACUCUGGGUAUAGUACAAGUUUUCUGGGGUCUUGACAAGAAACUGGCCCAACGUAAACAUUUUCCCUCUAUCAACUGGCUGAUAUCCUACUCCAAGUACACACGUGCCUUAGACGAUUAUUACGACACAAACUUUCCCGGCUUUGUGCCACUCCGAACAAAAACCAAAGAAAUUCUUCAAGAGGAAGAGGAUUUAUCGGAAAUAGUGCAGCUAGUGGGUAAAGCAUCAUUGGCGGAAACCGACAAAAUAACUUUAGAAGUGGCAAAAAUGUUAAAGGAUGAUUUUCUACAGCAAAACUCCUACUCUAAUUACGAUCGUUUUUGCCCCUUCUAUAAAACGUUUGCUAUGUUGAAGAACAUGAUUACGUUUUACGAAUUGGCUAGAAAUGCUGUCGGAGUUGCGUCACACACAGAAAAUAAAAUAACAUGGAAUCAAAUACGCAAUCAAAUGGGUGGUAUAUUGUAUCAGUUGGCCUCAAUGAAAUUUAUGGACCCUUUGAAAGAUGGCGAGCAGAAGAUUUUAAACGAAUUGGGUCAAUUAAAUGAAGAUAUGACUUUGGCUUUCAAUAAUUUACGUGGUGAUUAAACGCAUUUGAGGU